CCCAAACUCGAGGUCCUAACCCUGCAGCAACUCAUACUGCGUCCCAUUUGAAGAACGACCCCGGAAGUCAGAAAAGUUGGUAUUGGGGCGAAAUGAAGUGUUCCACGCACACUCAAGCAAGUAGGGUAUACAUCUGUCAGAUGCAAAUGACGUGUUUUCAACACUUUUUGAAAUUUCAGAGAAACGAGUAAGCACGUCCUCAUCAGAAAACAGCCAGGGCUUUACUCAGGUGGUGCAGGCCUGGGGGCGCGCGCUCACUUGCUGUCCCGGGUGCGAGCUCGGCUCGGCCGAUGGGGCCAGCAGGCAGAUAACUGAGAGCCGGUCAGAAGCCCCUCACUGGCGGCUCUCCAAACCACUGUGGGUGUCUUCACUGCGUUCAGCGGUCUAGCUAGUCUCUUUUACUCGAGAGAGCGCUCCUACCGGAUCUGCCGCGUGUCCCAGCAACGGUUGCUAGGGGGCGGGGCUCAUCUUCAGGCAGGCCCGGAUGCCCGGGGCUUACGAAUAUUUGGGUAUUCAAAUGAGGCCCCGCCUCCGUUGCCAUGGCGCCAGGGCCGCAACCCCACCGCGGUGGAAAAAAAAUAAAGCCCUCACUUGAGAGAGCGACCGCUGUGUUGGAGGGUCCCAGGGCUGGGCCCCGAGUCUUGGGCACCCUGGCCUACUCCUCAGGUUGGAUGUGGAUGGACGCAGCCUGGGAUGGAUCCCAGGAACCUCGGCCAAGCACAGCUAGUAUCCGGGUACGAGAGCUGAGCUGGCAGGGCCUAAAGAACCCCUGCCCACAAAACAAGAGACUGGGCAGCCAUGGGGAUAUCUGCAGGGAGCAGCACCUAUCCCCUGCUCGGCUGCAGGCCCUGGCCCAGGUAGAUGACCUCCAACUGGUGAGGGUGCUGGAGAUGUGUGUGGACACCCGUAAGAACAGCCUGGGGAACUUCGGAGUGCACCUCCCUAACCUGAUCCAACUGAAGCUGAACCACAGCUGCCUGGGCUCCCUCAGAGACCUGGGCACUUCUCUGGGCCACCUGCAGGUGCUGUGGCUGGCUCGCUGUGGCUUGACUGACUUGGAUGGCAUUGGUUCCUUCUUGGCACUGAAGGAACUUUAUGUCUCCUACAACAACAUCUCGGACCUGAGCCCACUGUGCCUGCUCGAGCAGCUGGAGGUGCUGGACCUUGAGGGCAACAAUGUAGAGGACCUAGGGCAGAUGCGGUUCCUGCAGCUGUGCCCACGGUUGGCCACGCUCACACUGGAGGGGAAUCUGGUGUGCCUGAAGCCAGAUCCUGGCCCUCCCAAAAAGGUACCCCAGGACUAUAACUACAGGGCAGAAGUAAAGAAGCUCAUCCCUCAGCUCCACAUCCUAGAUGAUGUACCUACCACAUGCACCAACCUGCCUGCUCCCCAGAAGCUGAACCAGGACUGGCUGAUGGUGAAGGAGGCCAUCAAGGAAGGCAACGUGCUUGACAUUCUCCUCCCUCGACUGGAUUGUCCCCAUGGAGCCAACAUUUGGAAACUUGACUCAACCAAGCCUGUGCCUGAGACCCAGCCAUGGGCCUUGUCCCUACUGGUCCCUGAGGGCCCCUUGCCUGAAGGUCUGCUUUCUGAGAACCCAGCCACAGAAGACCAUGCCAGCAACCUCACCCAUGGUCCUGGUCAAGUUCUCUGUGGGAACCCCACCAAAGGCCUACGGGAACGUAGAUACCAGUACCAGGAAUGGGCACCCCUGGAGCAGCUGCCCCCACAUAGGCAAGAUCUGGCCACCAGUCCCUCCACCCCAAGGCCUGACCCUGAAGAAAGCUGUGACCUGGCCAUGACUGGGCUUCGGGCCUGGAGGGACACUGGCCUGCGUCCCCUUCUCCACAGAAAGCUGGAGUUCCAGCCAGAAAGACCUGCUCAGGUCGCAUCCCAGGACCCACAGGCGGCUUCUGAAGAACAGGAAGACCAGACUGGACCAAAGACUUCCCUAACCCCUCCACACGUGGUCUCAGAACUUUCCAAGACAUCAGGCUUUCACCUAAUCCCUUCUCCCCCGAAGUACCCAAUGCCACCUGAGUCAGGCAUCAGCUCCUCAGGGAAAUCUGCAGACCUGCCCUUCAGAGGACGUAGGCUUAGAGUCCUGGGCAGCUUGAGGCCUAGCCUGGGUGAGGGGUCUGUCCUGGGUGAGAGGUUGGCUGCAGUGACGACCCUGAGAGCCCUGGAGAUGUCCUCAGGCCCCAGCCAUCGAGCCCAGGGAUGCUCAGACCCAAAGCCUGCUCCCCAGGCCUCCACUGCCUUCAUCACUUGAACCCUAACCCCCAGCCCAUUCUCUUCCUUAGUGUAACCUCCCCUUGCUGAGAUCUCUUGGCCUAGGUAGGGCCAAAGCUGAAGAGGUUAGAGCUGGGGCUGGGCUCUUUGUAUGUCCCAAGAGUCUGGGUCACCUAUGUGGCCUGAGUUCUGAGCCUGCUUAUCCUAGGCCUCCAAAGAACACAACCAUCCUGGGUGGAUUUGCAGGUUUCCUUGUGUGGGGCAGUCCUUUCUCUUGGGACACCAUAUACCCUCUGUAAAAGCCAAGCAAAUCACUUUGACUCUCAGGUGUGCAGAAAUGUGCUUUACUUUGUAAGCAACAGUUGGUUCAAUAAACUAUACAGCUGGCA